UGGUCGGCGUUCAAAAUGGGGAAAAAUAAGUUUGAUUUUACGGCAAACGCUAUUUCUGUGGUGCUGACGAAAAGACACAAAACUGGGUUAGGAUUUCUUGUGAGAGAAAGACAGAUUAAACCCAAAGUUGAAGUUAUGGAACUAGUUGAAGAUGGCUCGGCGUUCCACAGUUGUUUGAUCCAAGCUGGUGACGUCAUACUAGCUGUAAACGGGGUAGAUCUUACCACGACGAGCUAUAGAGAAAGUUUAAAAACUUUAAGAGCCAUCCCGGUUGGAGGAAAGGCCGUUCUAAUUAUUAAGGGCCCAGAAGGAAUUCAAACACAUCUGCAAACAACAUUUACAAGGGAGGGCCAGCCACGAACUGUUAGAAUAAGCCAUCCCAACCCCAAUCCCCCCAUAACACCGUUCCAUUCAGCAAAACGGCCUGACAAAUUAUCAGGCGGCUUAAGAGAAUUGCCAAGUGUCACCAAUAGAGACGAUAAUAUGAUCAAGUCUACUCAAUUAGUAGAAACGUCACAAUUGUCAUGUUCUCCUAGCCAAAACAAGCGCUCUAUUGAUUUCCAAUUACUACAUCAUAAUCGAAUAAAACCACCAAUUUGCGAUGUACCAACUGAUAAACAAUCACCGGAAAAUACUGGAACUGUUGAUAAAGAUACGAAUACUCGAAACAAAGUCGCUUUAACACCUGUGUCAGAAAUGCUUCAGAUUCCGAACAACAAACAGGAGUUUGCGAAUCUCAAAAAUUGGGAGACGGAUCAAAACCACAGAGAAACACUUUAUUUAAAAGCAUGCCCGAUAAAUCACUGCGCUCCUAAGAAAUGCAAUGGCAGCCUCAUGCAACCAAGCAACAUGGUAUGUGACCCUAGAGAUGGAAAACCGAGUGUCGAAUCUGUAAGAAAACUGGCCAAAGAUUUUAUAGACCAGUACUUCGCUUCAAUGAAAAGGAACGACUCGGAAGCGCACGGUGCUCGAUUGGAUGAAGUAAUGAACUCAAUUGACUCUACGGGAACUUACGAACUUACCAAAAACGAGUUGAUAUUUGGAGCAAAAACAGCCUGGAGGAAUGCACCGCGGUGCAUCGGUCGUAUUCAGUGGAACAAGUUACAUGUAUUCGACUGCCGAAAAGUGACUAGUACGUACGAGAUGUUUGAAGCAAUAUGCUCCCAUCUAAAAUACGCGACGAACAAAGGAAAUAUCAGAUCAUGCAUCACUUUUUUCCCGCCGAGAAAUGACGUCAAAACUGAGUUUCGUGUCUGGAACUCGCAGCUAAUAAGAUACGCUUGCUACAGACAGGAAGACGGUAGCUUGGUCGGUGAUCCUGCAAAUUUGGAACUGACUGAGCUGUGCGAACGUUUGGGUUGGAAAGGUAAAGGUGGAAGGUUUGAUCUUCUUCCACUGCUGCUACAAGCAAACGGUGAGGAUCCUGAACUUUAUGAACUUCCAUCUAAUCUUGUGCUUGAAGUUAAACUUCGACACCCUGACGCUGGGCAGGAAUGGCUUGAAAAGAUGAACUUGAAAUGGUAUGCUGUGCCUGCAGUGAGCAACAUAAUGCUUAACAUUGGUGGGGUGGAAUUUCCUGGUGUGCCCUUUAAUGGAUGGUUUAUGGGAACAGAAAUAGGAAGAGAUUUAUUGGAUACAGCGAGAUAUAAUUUGAUUCUUCCAGUUGCCGAGGCUAUGGGUCUUAAUACAAAAAAAACAGCUUCAUUAUGGAAAGACAAAGCAAUUUUGGAGCUGAAUAUUGCUGUUUUACAUAGCUUCCAGGAUGAUAACGUUACUAUCAUGGACCACCAUGUCGCAACUGAAUCCUUUAUGAAACAUUUUUCAAAUGAAAUGAAAUUGAGAGGGGGUUGCCCUGGAGAUUGGGUGUGGCUAGUUCCCCCAGUAUCUGGCAGUGCGACCCCAAUUUUUCAUCAAGAGAUAUUGAACUAUACGCUUAACCCUGCAUGUUUAUAUCAGCCUGAUCCUUGGCACUACUACAAAUGGAAAGACUCUGUGAUGAAAAAAAGAAAAAAUAAACUUCAUUUUAAAGAACUGGCAAGAUCUGUCCUUAUGACAUCACGAAUGAUGACAAAAGCAAUGGCAAAUCGAAUAAAAGCAACAAUACUGUACGCGAGUGAGACAGGGAAGUCUUACGCUUAUAGUAAAUCACUGCAGGAGAUCUUUAAUCAUGCAUUUGAUGCAAAGGUUGUACCCAUGGACCAAUAUGACAUUUGUAACUUGGAAUACGAAGCAUUAGUCCUUAUUGUUACAAGUACAUUUGGAAAUGGAGAUCCACCUGAAAAUGGAGAAUAUUUGGCCCAAGCAUUGCAGAAAAUAGUGAGAGACAGCAAGGAAGACCAGAAAAAAGCGGAAACAAAGAGACGCUUUCAAAGUGUUGCAACUGCUACUCCUAUGUCUAGAAGAGUUUCAACAAAACAAAACUCAUUUUCCAAUGAUAUCCAAUCCAGCACUCAAGGGGUGCUGGCUAAUGUAAAAUUUGCUGUGUUUGGUCUUGGGUCUCGUGCAUAUCCACAUUUCUGCGCAUUUGCUCAUGCAAUGGACACAUUCUUGGGGGAGCUAGAGGGUGAAAGGUUGAUGGAGAUUGGGGAGGGAGAUGAAUUAUGUGGACAGGAAGAAAGUUUUCGGAGAUGGGCCCAAGAGGUUUUCACUUCUGCUUGUGACACAUUUUGUUUGCGUGAGCAAGUAAACCUAGAAGAUGCAAACGCUUCAUUGUCAACCUCUAAGUUUGAGAGAACAGAUUUCCGAGUUGUUGUUCAUGACAAACAAGUGCAACCUAAUGUUAUUAAAACACUUGGAACGAUGCAUAGAAAAAAAUUAUCAUCUUGUCGAUUAAUCAGGCGGAAAAAUUUACAAUCCGAAGAAUCUGGUCGUUCCACCAUCCUAAUCCAACUUGAAACAAAAAAUUGUGAAAACUUAAACUUUUGCCCUGGAGAUCAUCUAGGUAUCUAUCCACGCAAUGAUCCAGACUUAGUUAAAGAACUUCUUUCAAAAAUUCGAGACGCAACUGAUGAAAACACUGUUGUUGUGUUGGAAGCUAAGAGAGAAAAAAGAAGCAUUAUUGGCAACUUAAAAUACUGGGAAGAAGACACACGACUCCCCCCUUGCACGUUGAACAUGGCCUUCUCAAGGUAUCUUGAUAUAACAACACCUCCCACUCCACAACUUCUCAAGUUGUUCUCAGAGUGUGACGUAAACCAAGAGGAAAGCAAGAGACUGGAAGUUUUAAGUCAGGGACAAUCUGAAUAUGAAGAUUGGAAGUUUCUGAACAACCCAAACCUUAUUGAAGUUUUAAAUCAGUUUCCAUCCAUUCAACUUGAAGCUGCCCUUCUAUUAAAACAACUCCCACUUCUUCAAGCAAGAUAUUACUCCAUUAGCAGUUCACCUGAAAUAUUUCCUGGUGAAAUUCACUGCACCGUUAGUGUAGUAACCUAUCAUACCAGAGGAGGAACAGGUCCUCUUCAUCACGGAGUGUGUUCAUCUUAUCUUAACUCAAUAACUGAUGAUGAGGAAGUUGCAUGUUUUGUUCGCACGGCACCAACCUUUCACCUUCCACUUAAAGACAACAUCCCUUGCAUUCUGGUUGGACCUGGCACUGGAAUUGCUCCGUUUAGAAGUUUCUGGCAACAGAGAUUAGCUGAGAUAAGAAAAGGAGCUCACAAUGGCUGCACGAUGGCGUUGUUGUUCGGAUGCAGAAAUCCAAAUCAUGAUCACCUCUAUAAACAAGAAGUUGCGGCUGCCAUGAAAGAAGGAGCCAUAUCUCAUGCUUACACUGCAUUUUCAAGGGAAAAGGGUAAACCAAAGCGAUAUGUCCAAAAUGUGAUUAUGAGUGAGAUUCCAGAUUUUGUUUAUGACAUUGUUCAUGAAAAGAAAGGCCAUUUUUAUGUGUGUGGUGAUGUCACAAUGGCAACAGAAGUAAACAAAACACUUCUAAAAAUCCUUUGUAUAAAAGGAGAGAUGACAAAAGAAAAAGCUCAGGAGUUUAUCAACUCAAUGAAGACGGAAGAGAGGUAUCACGAAGAUAUAUUUGGAGUCACGCUUCGUACUUAUGAAGUCAACAGAAGUGUGAGACUCAAGGGAAAGGAAAAGAGUGAAAGCCUGUCGCAUAAGUGAAUCAUACGUUUUUGAGAGAUUACCACUUGUAUUAAAACUUAUUUUGAAACCCUUCUUAUUAGCAAGCACUUUAAGUUUUGCUUUUAUAAGUUUGGUAAUUGGUUCUACAACCACCGCAUUGGUUUGUAUAAUAUAUUAAACACUAAACAAAAACAGUACAUAAAUUUCUCAUUUGUUAAUAAAAAUUACCUGUAACUCCUAAUUUGCAUAAUAGAUGUUUUGGACAAAUGUAAAUUCCAUACUGUAAUACUGUUUGUAUCACUUUUUUAACUCUUAUCACCUGGUAACUAUCACACAUAUUAUAAAACCAGUACAUGAACCAAUACCUAAUCCGCUACUGCAUCCCCCAGUGGUUCUAAAUAUUUUUAAAAUAAUAAAAGGAAACAACAAUCUUAGAUCAUACCACCACCAACAUCACUAGAAAAACAUGCUUGACUGUACACUAACUGUUAUAAAGACCAUUUUAAUGCUUCUGUUUUAUUAUUAAAUAAUAUUUGUUACUGCACUAACACAAGUUUUUACAUCGUUAUCAAUUUAAUGCCGACCCACUAUACCAAUUUGUAAAAAUAUAUGUUUUGCCAAAUUCCAGUAGAGACUAGAAUACUUACCUAACACGAUGAGGCAUGUGGAUGUGACAUAUCGACAUUUGUAGAUUACUCUUUUGAUUUAUAGUGAUCAAUGUAGACAAUGAAUUGGUUUGGACUAUUAAAUUGGCUAGUAUAGGUUA